AGUGUUUGCACAUGUGGAAAGAAGGUUCUGAUGGAGGCUGUAGGUUCUGUAUUGCGGGAAUACGGGUGUGAGCAGAGUUUGCUGAGCCGUCCCGAUGGAUCCGCUACGUUUCUUCAGGGCGACACAUCUGUAAUGGCUGGAGUAUAUGGCCCUGCAGAGAUCAAGGUCAGCAGAGAAAUCCAUAAUAAAGCCACAUUAGAGGUGAUCCUCAGGCCCAAGACUGGGUUGCCUGCUAUCCAGGAGAAAAACCAGGAGCAGCUAAUUCGUGAAACAUGUGAAUCUGUCAUCAUUGGAUCCUUGCAUCCUAGAACCUCAAUAACCAUUGUGCUACAGAUAGUCAGUGAUGCUGGAUCUCUGCUGUCCUGCUGCCUUAAUGCAGCUUGCAUGGGUUUAAUGGAUGCAGGUCUCCCCAUGCGGGCCCUGUUCUGUGGGGUGACAUGUGCAAUGGAUAAUGACGGAACUAUAACCCUCGAUCCUAAUUUUCGGCAACAGAAGGAAAGCAGAGCAGUUCUAACAUUUGCUAUUGAAAGCACAGAAAGGAAAGUUCUAAUGAUGUCAAAUAGAGGAGUCUAUUCUGCCACAGAGCUCCAGCAGUGCAUUGCAGCCGCACAAAUCGCAUCCGAGAAGCUGUUCCAGUUCUACAGGGACUUCAUAAGAAGGAGAUAUUCUAAAUCCUGAGAGAAAUGCAGGUUGCUUGUCAGCCUAGAGGCCAUGCUCAACAGAGAUUUCACUUUGCACCCCUAAUUUUUCUACCUCAGUCUCCCCUGUUUUUUUACCUUUAUAAUGUUACUUUUCCAUGCAUAGUAACAUACAUCAAACAGUAACCGAUGGCACUCAAGUCCAGCAAUUGUGCUAAAUAACUUUCUUGUUUAUUGAGAUCUCUGCACACAACCUUUCAAGGGAUGACCCCCCCUUCUUUGCUUGCUCUCAUGCAUCUUCUUUCUGCCUUUAUCUUUUCUUCCCUUUCUUUUGUAAUGAAUCAAGCCUUUUUACCACUGUUAUAAUUCAUGCGAGACAACAUAUUAAAUGGUGAGAUGCUGUAAGGGGUGUUUUUUUGAUUCCCAGUUAUGAACAGUAAUGUUCACUGUUUGUUCUGCAGCCAUGUCUCCCAACAGCUGUCUCUAUCUACUCCCACACCCUUUCUUCUCUGAGCAGGCUUCCUGGCAACACAUAUUGGUCUCUAUCCCUGUUGUUUAUAUUUGAUAUAUACGUAGUCAGUUUAAGGCAGCCCGAUUACUAUUAAUAUUGACAUCCAUAUCUCUUUAAAGAAUUCUAAAGGAUUUCAUAAAACAACUGUUGUAUAGUCAUGGUGUUUAUAGUGAGAGCUAUACAAUAAGCAUUGAACAGUGUGUAUCUCCUGGAUAUCUGCACAACAGCCUGAAUAGAUUUACCUGUGCUGUUGUGUUCAUAUCUUGAAAUAAGGGACUGUGGGCAGGUCAAAGGCAGAGCUCAUUUUCUAAAUGCAAAAAUCCCAACAUGCCUGAGAUGCUCUUCAUUAUGGUGCAAAGAGCAACACAAUUUAGAUGAAAUGGCCUAGUACUGCAGAAUUUCAAUGAUAUAGAUGUGUUUUACUACUUCAAAUGUGUUUUUUUCUUAUUUAAAAUAUUUUUCUAAAUAAAAUGGUUUCACACUA